AUGCCCCUCAUCUCUGUUUCGAAUAAUGAACAACUUCGGGCUGAAUAUUGUGCUGCUGGAAAUUAUCCAGUAAUUUUCUAUUUCUACAAUGAAUGUAAUCUCACUUGUGAUGACGUCAAUCCGAUUUUCGAGCAAGUGGCUCAAGAAUACUCGGAACAGAUCUUGGCUCUGUAUGUAAAUUAUUCAUGCCAAAGUCUCGUGGACGGGACCGAUUUCACUGUGGAAGCAACACCAACUGUUAUUGUCGGGAUCAAUGGAAUAGAAAGCUGCGAGGAUAAACUUGUCGAAUCGCAGAUUACCGAAGAAUCGCUCCGUGCUCUUUUCCAGAAAUACUGUAACUGA